AUGUUCAAGUUAUCAAUCCUUUUAUUAGCCCUUAUUGCUUGUUUCUCCUUGGCUUUUGCCCAAGAAGUCAAGAUUCUUAAUACCAAUAUUCCAGCAGGAUCAUGUCAAGACAAGAGUAUUGCCAAUGGAGAUAGAGUUUCAGUACUCUAUGUUGGUAAACUCGAAGAUGGAACAGUAUUUGAUGCCUCUGAGAAGCAUGAUAACAAGCCAUUCACUUUUGUCGUAGGUGAAGGCAAAGUCAUCCCAGGUUGGGAAAAUGGUGUCAUGGGAAUGUGUUUGAAUGAAAAGAGAGAGUUCUUGGUUCCAUAUCAAUUGGCUUAUGGUGAAGCUGGAAUUCAAAAUGUUAUCCCAGAAAAGGCAAACCUUGUAUUUACUGUCGAUGUCGUAGAGAUUGAAAAACUCUCUGAAAUCCCACUCCUUUACAAGUUGAUCCCAACUCGUGAGACUAUUGGUGCUCUCAUUAUUGUUAUUGGUUUUGUUUACAUUGGAAAGUACGUUCUCUCUGCUUACCCAUCACCAGUCGACAAGAAGGUUCCAAAGACCAAGUCUGCUGACAAGAAGAAGAAAUAA